AAUGAGUGUACGUAGCCCUCCACCUCUUCCUUGUUUUGUAAACAACCAGGCCACGGAAUUAAAAUCCCCACAGUCCAAAUUAAACCUGUUCUGAGAUUAAAAACUAAAGAGACAUGACAGCCAAACGUGGCCUCAUCACAGAUACAUUCAAGGUAGUGAAGAGAUGUAACAGAAAGAAUAAAAAACCUCCAUCACCCCCAGCUGCAGAUGCAGAACUUCCUCACCUGAGUGAGCAAGACACUGAUCUACAGGAGCUGAGGAAGUUUGACUUGGACUGGAAGUUCGGCCCAUGUACAGGGAUCAGUCGCUUGCAGAGGUGGGAGAGAGCAGCCCUACAUGGCCUGAACCCCCCACAGGAGAUUAAAGACAUACUGCUGAAGGAGACUACAGACCCAGACUACACACACAGUCUCUGGUAUGACUAUCCCUUUUGAAGAAACAUGGGUGAAGAAGAUGAGACAGCAGUGAGAGAAUGGAUUGUCAUGGUUAUCAUCAUUGUUCAUGUUUGAAUGUUGCUGGGGGGGGGUUUGUGCUUACUAAUUUUUACACUACAUUUUUAUAAAGUGGAGUUUUAUUCAA